CGGGGGCGCCGCGCGGUGCCCCCUGCGUGUGCUGCGGGGCGUGAGUCACGGCGGGGCUCGCCUUUAUAACGGCAGUCACCGCGCGGGAGCCGCCGCGCCUGCCCGACCGUGCGCUCGCUGUUCCACGCUCCGCCAAGCCCAGGUCCGCGCCCACAGCCGUCACCAUCCGCCGCCCGGUCUCGAGGACACCAUGAGAAGGCCACGUUGCGUCCCGUUCCUGCUGCUGCUGCUGCUGCUCCCGGCGCUACUGCUCACACCCCUCGCCGGGGACGCCGCGGUGAUUACUGGGGCCUGCGAGAAGGACUCCCAGUGUGGCGGAGGCAUGUGCUGUGCAGUCAGCAUCUGGGUUAAGAGCAUAAGGAUUUGCACACCUAUGGGCAAAGUGGGAGACAGCUGCCAUCCGCUGGCCCGUAAAGUUAUCAUCCCCCGGCCCUUCCGGAACCAUUUGGGAAAUGGAAGGCAGGCAAGAGGAGAGAGGAAGAGAAGAAAAAGGAAAAAGGUGCCGUUUUUCGGGCGAAGAAUGCACCACACUUGCCCGUGCCUGCCAGGCUUGGCCUGCUUACGGACUUCGUUUAACCGAUACAUUUGUUUAGCUCAAAAGUAAUCACCUUAGAGACUUUGAAUGAGAACAGCCACGGGGCAUCUGUGAGGGUAUUUCUCGUGACCGCGCCAAGCAGAUCCGACACCGCAAGGACAUGCUCUUGCUUCUUCCACUCUCCAAGCCACAUUUUCAUCUUUGAUUUCUAAAUACUCCCCCCCACCCUCAUGUAUUGAAAGGGAGUUUUAAUCUGGGAUGGAAAUGGAAAGUUACAAGGCAUCUUGGGAGUGGUUCGUGUUGGGUUUGCUUUGGACCCACUUCCACCACGGCGAAGCGAGAAGGAAUGUGAUGUUUCUAUUGCAGUGGCAGUUUCUUCCCGGAUGCAUCUGUGCACGCCUCUCCUGUCCCACUAGUCAUGAGCGUCCGUGGGUCGCUCUUAGUCCUGGAAGGAUUUUGAACCCUCUGUUUCAUCUCCAUUUCUCCUCCUGCCCCUCUGGCACCGUGACGUGGGAAGGGGUCUUGUGCUGGGUACCUUGUGUCUUGCUGGCAGAGUCUCUGAGAGAACCUGAUCCUUGAGUGGGGAAGCCAGUGUGGUUGAAAGGGGCUCUUCGGAACCCUCUUAGGGAUUGGGGGAUUGGCGGCAUUCGUUCCCAAAGCCCGCCUUCCGUGCAGACUUCAGCUGUGCUCUUCAAUUGUGUGAGAACUGGAGGAAUGGAAAGCAAAUUAACUUAGUUCACAUUUCCAGAUUGGGAGGUUUCAUAUCUAUUAAUGAUUUCUUUACCAAUGCCAUCUUACAUGGUUUUUCCUUAAGUUUAUUGUUAUUAUUAAUUUAAGCUCCUAGCUGCAGUUGUUCUGGAAAACGCUACUUGGAGAGGCUGUGCUGAUUGCAAUCUGGCAUGACACGAGUUCCCGUUUUCUCAUUUGAGUCAGUAUGAAGUUGUAAUUUAAACUUUAUUUGUAAUGCGAAGUCAUUGUAAUGGGUCGCCAGAAGUCUGCCCUUUGUCCUGUAUCACACUGCUGUGUUAAAAUUCUGUAUCAGAAUUAUGACGGUACUAUAUAUCAUUGGAUUUAUUUUAAUAUUACAUCCUUAUUUUUGUCACGCAUGUUGUCAGGCUUUUAUUACAAGUACCUCUCUGCUAUAGAACACCUCUGAAAGCAAGUGAAAACAGCCCCGAGGGGUUGUGAAUCUUCACGUGACAUGCAGGAAAGUUCUGAUUGCAUGCCUUUUACAGGUACCACCUACAAAAAAUAAACAGUAUGCAAAUCAGUGAUGUUUUCCAACGUGAAGGAAAAGUAUGACGUGCAAAGCCCAUUGCAGUCAGGAGUGGACGUGUCGGGGUUUCCCGUGUGUGGACAUGGCACAAAGAGGAGGAGUGGGUAUCCUUGAUUGGUCAGGUGGUGUUGCUGUUACCACCAGGCCUUGGAAAGCCCACCAAGUAUUGCUGACUCAGUCAAUGCUGUGACUAAUAUAUGGAAGGUGCCAACCCAUUGACCAUUUUAAUUGAAAAAAAAAACAAGCAAAAAAAAAAAAAUAAAGAAAACUCCACUUUGUUGUCAUUUAUUCAACCAGGGCUUAAAAUUGCACACUGUGGUGUGUCAUUGUAUUCCUUGAUCUAUGUAUGAAAUUCUGUACAUUUUUAUUAGCAUAUUUGGUCAAAGAAGUAUCAGUUUUGGUUCAGUUGAGUUUGUGUUGUAAAAGAAAAAUCCCUCAGUGAGUUUUGUUGGGAGAAAAAAGGAACUUUCGGAAGUGGGAUUGCAGGGAAAGAGAGGCAGGCAUGUGAGCAAUUUUGUAGAACUGGUUUGCAUACAAUGUUGAGGGCACCUUUUUAACAAGCAGUGAAAAGGCAGUGGGGUCCGUUGUCUGUUCUCAUCUUAAAUGUUAGAAAAAUGUAGCAAACCGUCUUUCUCUGAUCUAUACCAGCCUGCCUUCAGUUGCUGCAUAAAGGGGUAGAUUUCAUGUAUACAAUGAAAGAACAAAAGUGAAGUUUGCAUAGCUAAUUGUGGAUUGUACCCGCUGUCUCAAUGCCACCCAUGAAAGGGCAGAGCUUUGUCAGUUCCCACCUGCAUAGUCAUGACAACACAGCAUUACAAACGGCUAGAGACCCGGUCGGUCGUGUUACAGAGGGAGCUGUUUGGGCUUGCAGUUUUGACUUGGCUCUGGUGAUGGCUUCCCGUGGCAGGAGACAGGGACUGUGGCUCCAUAUGUCCCUUGAGGUCCCUUUCCUGAGAACCUUAGCUAACCCUGGCCACCUCCCAAAGGCCCCCACUUGUGAACACCAUAGUGGAUCGUGUUUCUACCCUCUCACACCUCACAAUAAGGAUUACAUUCCCACGUCUGAAUCCUU